UUCUGCCCUCAACCAUUUCGCCGCGGCCACAGACUCCGAUGCUCCUUUCCUCUCCAACGACAGUGCGACCGCCACCGAGACCGGCCGCUCGGCCACGCCGGAGUCAGCCGCCGCUCGCGAUUAGGCUUUCUCUGGACUCCCAAGAUGGUGGUCCCGCUCUCGUUUCGUCCGGUUCAAGUCCCGUGCUCGUUGCGCAGUCUGGUUCUCCAUCCCUUCCUAUAAUUCGAGGGCUUAGCCGCGAGCCCGAAUUAGGGCUCUUUUCUAUCCUCUUCGUCGUAUCCAUGGUCGUUGGUUCGUUCUUCUCUUUGGCAAUGAUUUCUCUCCCUGCCUUGAACGCUUUUAAGAAGCUAGCGGUCUCCGCGGAUAAAUUGUCGAAGGUGGUGUCGGAGGAAGUACCUGGAACCUUGUCUUCACUGAAGCUCUCUGGUUUGGAGAUCAAUGAUUUGACUUUCCAACUUAACAUUCUUAAGCAGAGGAUAUCAGGAAAACAGCAUGGAACAAAACAGCCCAAAAGACGAAGCUCUCGGGUAAGAAGAGGCAACACAGGCAUAAACUAGUUUUUUUUUCCUAGGUUCAUGAAAUGGAGUCUGUAAAUGCUACAGAUAUGAAGCGGGAACUGUGACGAAGAAAAGCUUCCGGUGAAUGUGUUUUCCAUACACUGCACUCUGGAUGAUUAUUAAUAUGAGCUACGUUUUUGGUGUGAUUGAUUGAAAUCCAAGCACAAGAGUAGAAUUUUCGGGUGAAAUUAUGGUGUCUAGUUAUUUUACCAUGCUAAUGAUAUUAUAAAGCCACAAAUGUAUUGCUCUUGAAGUUCAAGAGAAGAUCACACAUGACUAUUGUUAGCAUCAGAUGAAGAGAAGCACAAAUGAGACUAGUGUUCCAUCAUGGAAUGUUGAACUAUUGUAA